AUGGAACUUUCCUCUACUGACAAUACUGAAAAUGUUCAAUCUGAAAACAAAAAUAAACAAUCCAUCCGUCGGCCAAUAAUUCAUGUUUUUACAGGUUUUCGAGCAUUAGCAUGUCUAUGGAUAUUUAUGUUUCACAGUGCGAUAGGUAAAAUGGACGAAAUGAUAAAAUUCAAUAUUGUUUGGGUACCAUGGAGUGCAUCAGCUGGUGUCGUACUGUUUUUUUGUCUAAGUGGUUUUGUCAUGAUUUGGACUUAUGGUGAUUGUGAAUUUAAAUCAAUAAAAUGUUAUUGGUCUUUUAUUGGACGAAGAGCCGCUCGUUUAUUUCCACUCUAUUAUUUUUCGUUAUUUCUAUCUAUCAACGAUAUUAAAAAUAGAUGGAAUAUGAAUAAAUCAGGAACUACAGUAAAUACUAUAUAUACUGUAUCAACUCUAUUAGCUGUACAAACAUGGAUUCCAUAUGAUUUUGACAUUCAAUUUUGGAACGAUGCAAUAUGGAGUGUACAAACAGAAUGGUUUUUCUAUUUUGUGUUUCCUUUUCUUCUUCGUCUGAUUCGAUAUUUAUUAAACACAACUAAAAUUAGUCUUCUUAUAAAUACAAAUAACAAGAAAAAAUCAUUGCAACGUUUAUAUAUAAUGUGGUUUGUCGUUUUUUGUGUAUCCAUAAUACCUCUGCUAUUUCAAUGGAAAAUGUUUAACCUUACAAACAUUGAGCAACGUAAAGGUCAAAUAGCAGCAAUAUAUGUCUCACCUUUAGCAAGAAUUCCUGAAUUUAUUCUUGGAAUGAUUACUGGUAUUAUAUAUAUGGGUUGUUCCACCGGAAAUCUCCCACCAUAUACAGAAGUAUU